AUGAGCAAAUCCAUCGCCGAGGCCUUCGAGCUGCCGAGCAACUACAUCGUCCCGGCGACAGACCCUGGCCCCGCCUCUCGCCCUUUGAACUCUCGUGGAGCCCCGCCCCUUCAGAUUCGCCAUCUUAGAUUCACCUUGGCCGUUUACACCGGACAAGAAGUGGAGGAAGACGGUGUUCCACUAGAACUACAGUACUGUAGUACUGCUACUAGCACUACAGUACUGUAG